AUCCACGACCUCUGAUAAUAUUCCUGCUGCUUCCCAUCCCUGCCGCGCUCUAGUGGAAACCUCCUCGGGUGCUGCUGCCGCAGGCUGACUGCGUCGCACCAUGCCGUCGCCGUCGCGCAUCGUAAUCAUUCCACCGCCAGCAGCCUUUACCUGUCCGGCUGUGGAGAGGAACAGCGCGUGCUCGAGUCCUCUCGCGCGAUGGCGUGCUCCGGUCCAGUGUGCCGCCGGCCGGCCGGCGCCCUCUCCUCUCGCGCCAUGGCGUGCUCCAGUCCAGUAUGCGCCUAGUCGUCCGGCAUCCUCUUCUCUCGCGUGAUGGCGUGCUCCAGUCCAGUUCGCCCUCGGCUGGCUGGCGUGCUCUCCUCUCGCGCGAUGGAAUUGGAGGCAAGUGCAGUUCCAGCACCCACCACCAGGUCAGUUCAUGUCCGCCUACAUGCCUGCGAGCUGCUUGUGUUUAUGCCAAUAUGGUUUUCCUUGUUCACCGACAGCCUCUAGUGGCAGUUUACAUAAUCUGUCCACCUCCUCAUCGUUUAAUGCUCACCAACUAACCCACAUUGAACGAUCACAGUCGAUGAAUGAAUGCAUCUGAACAUUCCAGCCACACCACAAACUAGUGCAGAGCAGAGCAUCCAACGCGUUUCUCCCUUUAGUUUGGCUUGCUUGUUUGUUUGUGUUCAACUUCAGCACUGGCUUGCUUCAAGUAACAUAAUAUGAUCAAGUCAAGCCAUUGGAUGCUAGUCCUAGUUUAAAGAGGACUUUGUUCGGUCAAGUCUCAAGUCAAGCAAAAUUAGUACUCUCUCUUGCACUUUUUUUAUCUACUCUAGUGGCCUCUGGUCGGUCAAGUCAAGCUCUACACUGAAUCACUCUAGCAGGCUCAACUCCCCCCGGCUGGUGCUUGCCUCUACCACCCUGGUGCUCCGCCUCGCCGGCCGGUAACACUACUGUCUUUUUCUCAUCGCUACUAUUUUUUUUCACGUGUGAAGAUGGAAAGGGAAAAAGUUAGUGUGGUGUUUUGCAGUGGUAGUUUUGAUCCGGAGAAAAGCUAUUGAAAACAUAAUACGGUAAUUUAUGCGUAAACAACAUGGUAGUAUACCAGUGGCGGAGCUUCGAAGAAAAUACUGGGCGGGCCAACUCAAAGGAGAGUACCAAAAGUUUUAAAAUUCUCAACCAUACUAUCGGGUUUUUUCAUCAAUUGAUUGAAUUUCGGAGUAUUCAAAGUGUUAUAAAUAGCCGACAACUCGAGGGAAAUUGGCAUUGAUUGAUAAAUGUGCAUUUUAGGAGAAAAGAAAAGUACAUAUGUGGCACAGCAGCCAGCAGUGCUCGUUCAAUCUGGUGCUGCUACAUACAUGUCGUCAGUUACCAUGAGGAGAGAGCAUUCAGGCUUGGCCUGAUCAUCUAAAUCUGCUGCUUAGUACUGCAGGUGGUGGGCUGGGUUGGCUUCUGAUGCAUAGUUAAAAUAAAAGAGCAUGAAUCCUAGGCAGGCCACAACCCAGUUUGGCCCUAGCUAAGGAAGCUCCGCCCCUGUAGUAUACACACCUUAUACCCGGUAACUUAUGUACACAAACCGUAGACCUGAUAACUUCAUACAAACACCACAGUAAGUUCGACCAGAGAAACUUUUGUUCAAAAAUGUGCACUCAAAAACUUCUGUUUAAAUAAUAUGGUGAUAUAUGCACCAAAGAACUGAUAACUUAGAUACAAAUACCGUGGUAACUGUGACCUUGAGGAAAAAACUUGUUGAAAACAACUCCGGUAACUUCAGUGUAAAUAACAUGAUAAUAUACGAACCGCAGAGUUGAUAACUCCGCGGAAACUUUGAAAGGGGGGAGGGUUGUUAAAAACAUGCACUCGAUAACUUUUGUAAAUAGGAGGGUAAUAUACAAUCUGAAUCUGUAGAUCUGAUAACUUGGGUAGAAACACCAUGAUAACAUUGACCAGAGGGAAAAAGUUGUUGAAAACAUACACCGGUAACUUUUCGUGUAAAUAACAUGAUAACUUACAUGCCAUAUAUGUGGGUAACUCAUGCAGCCCAUGCGAGAUAACUUUUGAUAAAAAAAGAUCGUCGAAACAUAUCAAGGUGACAUGAAAAUUGGGGAUCAUUUGAUUUUAGCCAUGAAGACAAACAGAGGCGAGGAGAGGAAGGGUGGGAGUGGCGGCAGCGACAUCGAUCACCAGGCGGCCGUCGGAGGAGGCUAUGCAGGCGGAGACGAGGCCGUGAAAAAAUACUACUUACAAACACCACGGUAAUAUUGACCAAGGAGGAAAAAUAUGUUGAAAAAUAUGUCAGCGGUAGCUUCUAUGUAAGGAGAAAAAUUGGAAAGCAUGCCUCGGUAACUUCUAUUCAAAUAGGUAGUAUACAUACUAGGUAGUAUACAUACUGCAGACAUGAUAACUUAUGCAAAAACACCGCGCUAACAUCUAGGAAAAAAAAUUGUUGGAAACGUACCCUCGAUAAAUUUUGUGUAACGGAAAGUUGUAGUGAAGCUCAAGCUACCUGGUACUCACUAUCUCGGUGGUUGGUUCAUCUGGAGAUAUCUGCAAUUCAGUAAAGCAAUGUCAGGCGAUUAUCAGAGACGACUGUACUAAUAUCACGUGGCUCCUUCUCGCAUACCGUGAAGUUGGCAGAUAGGUGCAUGCAGGCUACAGCCCACAUUGGCAAGACCACGUGCAGGGAACAGAGAGAGGGGAGUGAGAGAGGCCUGCCACGGUCACUGUGCAUAGUCUACAGGAGAGAGAAGAGAGAGUAGUUAAUGCGGUGCAAGAGAGAGGGGGCUGUACGAGAGGAGCUAGGCCCAGGCACUGUAGCUGCCUCCUCACGUUACUGUAGCGCAUGGUAUGUACUCCGACGACUCCACUAGCACGAGUGCAACAGUAGCAUGUGUAAGAGCAUCUCUAGUGGAUGGUGUAAAUUUGGACGUGUAUAUCUCCAUAUACAUGUUCAUAUACACCUUGCUAAAAUAUACACCUCUCAGUUUUUCAGUGGAACGUGUAAAUUUGGACGUGUAUAUUCCAACGGCUAUAUUUUCAAACGGCUAUAUUUUCAACGGCUAUAUUUUCAACGGUCGUAUUUCUCUAUAUAAACCACCCCUACCAUCUUUCUUCUAGCACUUCUAUCUGUGACUUCUCUUCUCACCUAGAUUUCUCUAUCGUCUCUCACGCAACACAAUGAACACAUCCACUUUGGACAUGAGUUCUUCGUCAUCUUCAUCUGGCGACGAUGAACUCAUACUUGCAGCAUUCGCCGAGCGCGAGGAGGAAGAGAGGAUGAACGCUCGACGCCAUGGCGGUUCCAAGCAUGGACGUCAAACAAUCAAUCGAGGAAGAGAUGCCGGAUUUGUUCUUCUGUGGGACGACUACUUCAAAGAAGUUCCUCGCUAUCCCGAACAUUUGUUUCGACGAAGAUUUAGGAUGUCCCGUAAUUUGUUCAAACACGUAGCCGAUGGUAUACUUGAGCAUGAUUAUGAUGGUUAUUUUACUUAAAAAAGAAGUGCUUCUGGAGCUCUUGGGUUACAUCCUCUGCAAAAGAUGACCGCGGCAAUGCGGAUGCUAACAUAUGGAAUAGCAGCUGAUGGUGCUGAUGAGUACAUCCGGUCCGCUGAGGCUACUAAUUUAGAGUCUUGCAAGAAAUUUGUGAUCAAAGUUUGUGAAGUUUUUGGGGAAAGGUACCUGAGAUCUCCAAAUGAAGAAGACAUUGCUAGGUUACUUGCAAUAGGGGAGGAAAGAGGAUUUCCUGGUAUGUUAGGGAGCAUAGAUUGCAUGCACUGGGGUUGGAAAAAUUGCCCCAAAAAAUGGCAUGGCAUGUUUAAAGGCCAUGUCAGCGAGCCCACUAUGAUCUUGGAAGCAGUUGCUUCACAAGAUCUUUGGAUUUGGCAUGCUUAUUUUGGUUUACCAGGGUCUCUGAAUGAUAUAAAUGUUCUUCAACGUUCUCCUGUUUUUACAAAGCUAGCUGAAGGCCAAACUCCUCCAGUGAAUUAUAGCAUCAAUGGCCAUCAGUACACAAUGGGGUAUUAUCUUGCAGAUGGUAUCUAUCCACGAUGGGCAACAUUUGUGAAGAGCAUACCAGCUCCAGAUACCAGAAAACAUAAAACUUUUGCCAAGAGGCAAGAGGGGGCUAGGAAAGAUGUGGAACGAGCCUUUGGAGUUCUUCAAUCCCGUUUUGCCAUUGUUCGUGGACCUGCUAAAGGAUGGAAACGUAAAGAAAUCGGUGAUGUCAUGAAAGCUUGUGUCAUAAUGCACAAUAUGAUAGUUGAAGAGGAGCGACAAACUGGUCGGCAAAGCUGCACUUUUGAGGCAAUGGGAGAAAGAGUCACGGUCUCUCGUACUCAUGCGGAACAACUGAGCUCUUUUAUUCAGAUGACUCACCGGAUUAGAAAUCAAGGUGAACAUGAUCAGCUUAAACUUGAUCUAAUUGACCAUGUGUGGCAAAAGUUUGGAAACGAGUGAUGUCCUAGUUAUAAGUCUGUAAUCCGUUUCUUUUCAUCUAGUUUUAAUUUAUGCAAUGAGUGAUGUAA